AUGAUUUGUUGUACACAAUAUUUAAAGAGGAUAGCAGUACGGGCGUACAGCUAUAAAAAUGUUAGGCAUUCCUCACACUCUGUUAUUCUUGGGAUAGAAACUUCUUGUGACGAUACUGGUUGUGCAGUUAUAAAUACCGCAGGCUCCAUACUGGGAGAGUCUUUGUAUUCACAAACUAUUGUACAUACAAGAUAUGGUGGCGUGAACCCUGUUGUAGCACAUGAGUUACACAGAAAUAAUAUAGACAGUGCUGUAACGGAUGCCCUCCGAAAUGCGGGAAAAGACAUCAAAGAUAUAGAUGCCAUUGCAGUUACUACUAGGCCAGGCUUGCUUCUCAGUUUACAAGUUGGAGUAAAAUAUGCUAGGUACCUGUGUAAAAUGCACAAGAAACCAUUGAUACCUAUUCAUCAUAUGGAAGCACAUGCUUUAGUUGCUAGAAUGUACCACAAGCUCCAGUUUCCAUAUAUAGUCCUGCUUAUAUCUGGUGGUCAUUGUUUAUUGGCACUUGUUAAAGAUGUAAAUAAUUUUGAGUUACUUGGAAAGAGCUUAGACAAUGCUCCGGGGGAAAUAUUUGACAAAGUUGCUAGAAGAAUGAAAUUGAGGAAUAUACCUGAAUAUUCUAAAAUAUGUGGAGGAAGAGCCAUAGAGUUGGCUGCACAGAAGUGUGUAAACCUAAAUCAGUUUGAAUUUCCUCUUCCUUUAGCAAAACAUAGAGAUUGCAACUUUAGUUUCAGUGGCCUUAAAGAUUCUUUAAUUAGAAAACUUGAAGAAAGAGAAAAGAAACAUAAUGUAAUGGGUGAUGAAUUAAUACCGGAGGUACAUGACCUGUGUGCAGCAUUUCAGCUCGCUGUUGCAGAGCAUAUAGCUCACAGAACUCAUAGAGCUAUGCUUUAUUGUGAAAAAUAUAAAUUGACAGACCCUGAUAACAGAGUUAUUGUAGUGUCAGGUGGAGUUGCUUGUAAUAACUUUAUUUUUAAAUCCAUUGAACAUGUUGGAAGUGAAAUGGGUUACCAAACUUAUCGCCCACCUCAUAAUGUUUGCACAGAUAAUGGUGUUAUGAUUGCUUGGAAUGGAGUAGAAAAACUGAGGAAACAGAUUGAUAUUAGGACAGAUUUCAGUCUCAAGGAAGUACAACCUGAAGCACCUUUAGGCGUAAGUUUAUUAGAUAAAGUGGAGACAGCUAAUAUCAAAACAAGAGUUACAAGAUUAAAAAAACUAUACACAUAA